AUGUUGAAGAAGGCAGCGGAAGCCGCCCAAGAAGAAAUGGCCGACUCGUCCGAGGGCAAAACGGACACCGAGAAGGCGGAGGAAGGGAAUAACAGGGGAUCGGUCCCUUACAGUGGUUCCGUGAGAGCGCACGCUUCGCCCUGCCCCAGUGGGGAACUGCGCUGCGUUGACGGCAGGUGUAUCACCUUAGCGCAAUUGUGCGACGGGACCAUUGACUGCUCGGACCACGCCGACGAGGACAAUUGCUACACG